AUGGUGCGACUCUCGCGGGCACUCCUGCUCUUGAGCUUGGGCUCCGCUCUUGCCGAGCCUGCUCAGGCUGGAUUCUUGAACCGCAUCUUUGGUCGUGGAGCGGCUCCUGCACAGGUCCAAAUCUCUCGGGAUGUGGGCCCGUCAGUGUCCAAUCUUACACAGACGACGAUUCCAGGAUUGGAGGAAUACCUGGAAAAGAAGAGGGAAGUCAAGGCAAAGAAACACAUCCAAGCCAAGCGCGAAAACUUCACUGACGUGUCCCCAUUGGAAGCUAGGACGAACACAGUGGUCGCUGCUAGCAUUGAUGGAUACAUUGGAUGUUACACUGACAAACCUGGAGGAUCCGUCUACAAGGGACUGGUCAACUUUGCCGCAUACGACCUCUACUGGAGUGUGAUGACCAUCGAGACAUGUGCUUACCUCUGUGCCUACACUAACAGCAACUACGACUUCUUUGGAGUCGAAGCCGGUUAUCAGUGUUGGUGCUCCACCGCUGCACCCACCUAUUCUCCCAAUUCGGCUGCCUGUACCACGCCAUGCUACGGUGACAGCACCGAAAUUUGUGGUGGAACCAACGCCAUUGCCAUCUACGAUUCCGACGUCGUAUUCGCAGAGGUGACUGCUAGCGCCAACGCUUCCAUCGCCACUGCCUCUGCCACCUCGGUCAUUUCCUCCGCGUCCAAGGCCGCCGCUGGCGCCGUCAGCUCGGCUGCCGUAUCCAUCUCGGCCGCUUCGGCUGCUGCAGCCUCUGCCGCAUCGCAAGCCAGCGUGUCGACCGUGAGCGCAGCUUCAGCUGCCAGCGUCGCAACCUCGUCAGCUACAUCGGUGAUCAAUGCGGCCUCGGCAGCCGCCGCCGCCGCCGCCUCGUCGGCAGCAAAGGUCGUCUCCUCUGCCACGUCAGCCGCAGCUUCCGCCUCGAGCUCAGCCAGCUCAGUUGCAUCGUCUGCCUCAUCCGUAGCUGCUGCAGCUGCUGCCAGUGCUGCUGCUGCCGUAUCCCUGGGAUCAUCUGCUGCUGCAUCUGCAUCGUCGUCGGCUUCUCUAGUCGCCGCCUCUGCUUCUGCUGCCGCCGCCUCUGCUUCCAGCGCGGCAGCAGUGGUAGUCUCAUCAGCUGCAGCUGCCACCUCUUCGGCCGCUGCCGUGGCUCUGGCUGCUUCUACCUCGGCAGCAGGCGUCAUCUCGUCAGCCUCGACAGCAGCCAACGGUGCCGUAUCUUCCGCUUCCUCGGUUGCUAGCAGCGCCGCUGCUGCUGCAUCGGCUGCCGCCUCUUCAGCUUCGCUCGUAGCUCAGAAUGCUCAGGCGUCUGCCGCCGCUGCCACUUCCUCUGCUGGUGCCGCCGUCGCCUCUGCCUCAGCUGCAGCCUACUCUGCCUCGGUGUCGGCUGCUUCAGUCGCUUCAGUGCAGGCUUCUUGGGCUUCUGCUGCCGCUGCAAUCGCUUCUGCUUCUGCUUCGACGUACGCUGCUGGUGCUGCCUCUUCCGCUUCGGCGGCGGCUAGCAGCGCUGCCACCUCAGCAGCCGCCGUAGUAGCAUCGGCUACUGCUGCCGUCGCUUCGGCCUCGGCUGCAGCUGCUUCUGCUACUGCUUCGGCCGCUUCCGUCGCUGCUUCAGCUGCUGCUGCUGCUUCUGCCGCCGUAACUCUGGGCUCCUCGGCUGCUGCUUCUGCAUCGUCCUCUGCUGCCUCAGUGUCAGCCUCUGCUGCAUCGGCCGCUGCGGCUUUCGUUGCAUCUGCCAGCUCGAUCAGCCUCAGUGCCAACUCGGCCAUCUUUUCGGCUACAUCAGCUGCCACCGCAGUUCUCAACUCGGCUUCGUCUGCCGCCGCGGCCGCUUCCACUUCGGCGAAUGCAGUAAUUGCCUCGGCCUCGUCCGUGGCUGCUGCUGCUGCUUCCAAGGCCAGCGUCUCCAUGGCAUCGGCUUCCUCGGUAGCUGCUGCUGCUGCCUCUUCCGCUGCUGGAGUCGUUUCGGGUGCUUCGACCUCGGCCUCUGGUGCCGUAGCUUCCGCUUCCUCGGUCGCCAAUGCCGCCGUCGUCUCUGCUUCGUCGGCAGCUAGCGUUGCCGCUGCUUCUGCAGCCGCUGCUGCUGCUUCCGCUUCCGCAUCAGCUGUCGCCUACGCCAACCAGGUAUCGAUGUCGGCAGCUGCUGCUGCUGCAAGUGCCUCUUCAGCAGGAGAUGCUGCCUCGACUUCCGCUGCCGGAGUCGUAGCAGCUGCCAGUGCUGCCGCCAGUGCUGCCAGCUCAGCCGCCGCCGCCGUGAUUGCAUCUGCCAGUGCCGCUCAGUCUUCAGCUACUUCUGCUGCUGCUGCUGCCUCGGCCGCCGCCGCAGCUGCAUCUAGCUCUGCAGCUGCUGUAGCCUCGUCUGCUUCCUCGGCUGCCUCCGCUGCUGCGACCAUGGGAUCGGCUGCCUCUGCCUCGGCUUCGAGCUCUGCCGCUUCCGCUAUCUCUGCGGCCUCGGCUCAGGCCGCUGCUGCUGCUACUUCUGCUGCCGCCGUGGCAGCUUCUGCAUCGUCUGCCGUCUCUUCAGCCACUGCUGCUGCCGCUGCUGCCACACUCUCAGUCAACUCGGCACUGUCGUCUGCAUCCUCGGUGGUAUCCGUUGCUACGUCAGCCGCUUCUGCUGCUGCCAGCUCUGCCGCCUCGGUAAUCGUCAGCGCUCAGACUGCUGCCAAUGGCGCCUUGGUGUCUGCUGCCUCGGUCGCUUCCGUCGCCUCGAACUCGGCCGCAUCUCAGGUGUCCGUCGCCGCCUCGUCAGCCGCUAGCGUCGCCUCUGCCGCCUCAGUGUCUGCCGCUGCUGCCCUGUCUUCGGCUGCAGCAGCCGCUUCCGUUGCAUCUGCAUCUGCUUCGUCGUACGCUGCGCUUGUGUCGGCUUCUGCCGCCAACGUGGCUACUUCAGCUUCAGGUCUAGCUGCUUCGGCUUCGGCUGCUGCCGUCGCUGCCUCCAGUGCGGCUGCAGCUGCUUCCACUUCGGCUGCUGGCGUCGUUGCAUCUGCCACCUCGGCUGUUGGAGUCGCCUCGGCAUCUGCUGCUGCUGCACGUUCUUCGGCUUCGUCAGUUGCUUCGUCUGCUUCUGCUGCAGCUCAAGCCGCCGUAUCUCUUGGUUCAGCCUCUUCCGCAGCCGCGGCGUCGUCUGCGUCCAGCGUCGCAGCCUCGGCUUCUAGCGCAGCUUCUGUAGCUUCUGCAGCUGCUGCCGCUGUUGCCCUGUCUGCCACUGCUGCUAUCAACUCCGCCACGUCUGCUGUUGGGGCUGCUGCCGCUUCGGCUUCUGCAGCUCUGGCAUCUCAGUCGUCUGUGCUCAGCGCUGCUUCCAUCUCGAUGGCUGGCGCUUCAGCUUCCGCUUCGAUCGCAUCGGCCUCUGCUAGCUCUUACGCUGCUGCUGCAGCUUCUGCAGCUUCAACGUCUGCAGCAGGAGCAGUCUCAUCGGCCGCAGCCGUAGCCUCGGCCGCCUCGUCUUCAGCCUCUGUGUACGCUGCCAGCGUGUCAGCCUCAUUGGCGUCUGUCGCCUCGGCCGCCUCGGCCUCUGCGAAUGCUGCCUCUGCGUCUGCCGCUGCGGCGUCCGCUUCCGCUGCUGCCGUCGUCGCCUCCGCUACAUCUGCUGCUGCUGCUGCCUCUGCUUCUGCUGUCGCUGCCGCCGCCUCUGCGUCUUCGAUUCUCGCCUCGGCUUCGUCCGCUGCAGCUGCCGCAGCGUCGCUCGGCUCGGCCUCUUCAGUUGCUGCCUCUUCAUCCGUAAAUGCAAUUGCAGCCUGGGCAGCCAGUCUCCUCUCGGCUGCAUCAGCUCAGGCCGCCUCGGCUUCGGCAUCUGCCAGGGACUCAUGCGGCUCGGCCACCUCGGCUGCAGGCUCUGCCUCUUCAUCAGCCGCUGUUGCUCAGGCCGCAGCUUCGUCGCUUAUCAGCGCAGCCUCGGCCUCUGCCGUCCUUGCACUUGCCGCUGCUUCGUCCUCUGCCUCCAGCGCUGCUGCUGCUGCUAGUGCCUAUGCCGUUUCCGUGGCAUCUGUUGCCUCGGUCGCUGCCAAUGCUGCUCUUGCCUCGGCUACCGCUGCAGUGAACUCGGCUGGAUCCUCUGCAAAUGCAUACGCCUCAUCGGUCAACUCCGUUGCUUCUGCUUCGGCCGCUGCUGCAUUGGCCUCUGCUUCUUCAGCCGCCAGCGUCGCCUCCAAGUCUGCCGUAGCUGCUGCCUCGUCUGCCUCGGCUUCGGCCGCUUCAUACGCUUCAGCAGCUUCGUCAUCAGCCUCUGGUCUCGCUGCCUCGGCUGCCGCUGCAGCGUCCUCUGCUGCUGCUUCGGCCUCGCUCGCUUCAGGUUCUGCCGCCGGUGUGGUAGCUUCUGCUACCUCCGCUGCUGGCGCUGCUGCUGCCUCCGCUUCUGCUGCCCAGAGCUCCGCUGCUUCAGUCGCUAGCUCGGCUCUCUCCGCCGCUCUGGCCGCUGUAUCCUUGGGAUCUGCCUCGUCUGCUGCUGCCUCGAGCUCUGCUGCCAGCGUCGCAGCUUCAUGUUCCAGCAUGGCAUCUGCUGCUUCUUCUGCUGCCAGUGCUGCCUCUGCCUCUGCCACUGCUGCCGUCGCCUCGGCUACCUCCGCAGCCGCCGUUGCCGCUUCGUCGGCCGCUGCUCUUCUGUCUUCAGCUGCCUCUGUAGCAAGCGCAGCUUCCAACUCUGCCGUUGCUGCUCAGUCUUCCGCCAGCGCCUACGCUGCCUCGGUCGCAUCCGUCGCAUCCGUCGCCGUGGUCGGAGCUGUUGCCUCGGCAUCGUCUGCUGCUGCUGCUGCAUUGUCUUCGGCCAACGCCUACGCAUCCUCGGUCGUCAACGAUGCCGCUACAUCGGCUGCUGGAGCCCUGUCUUCGGCUUCCGCUGCUGCUGCCUCUGCAUCUGCCUCUGCCGCCGCUUACGCUGCCAGCGUGUCUGCCUCGGCAGGCUCCGUUGCAUCUCUGGCUUCCGUUGCUGCUCAGUCGGCAGCUGCUGCUGCCUCGGCUGCCUCGACUUCGGCUGCUGGUGUCGUCGCCUCUGCCACGUCCGCUGCGGGCGUCGCUGCUGCUAACGCCGCUGCUGCCCAGAGCUCAGCUGCUUCGGUCGCUAGCUCAGCUGCCUCUGCUGCUCUCGCUGCCGUGUCUCUUGGCUCUGCCUCUUCGGCUGCAGCCUCGAGCUCAGCUGCCAGCGUCGCUGCUUCAGCCUCUAGCGCUGCUUCCGUUGCUUCCGUCGCUGCUGCUGCUGCUGCCGCAUCCGCCACUGCCGCUGUUGGCUCAGCUACCUCAGCUGCUGGCGCUGCUGCCUCGUCGGCUGCUGCCGCUCUGACUUCAGCUGCCUCGGUUGCAAGUGCAGCUUCGAGCUUGGCCGCCAACGCGCUUUCUUCGGCUGCAUCCGUCGCAAUCUCUGCCAACAUGUAUGCGUCUUCGGUCGUCUACGGUGCUUCGACAUCUGCUGCAGGAGCUGUCGCCGCUGCUUCAGCUUCUGCCGUCGCUGCUGCUGCAUCAGCAUCUGCUGCCGCCUCCUCUGCCUCUUCAGCUGUCGCUCAGGCCUCGAACUCGGCAGCCGGUGUCGUAGCUUCGGCUACUUCUGCCGCUGGCGUAGCUGCCGCGUCUGCUGCCGCUGCCCAGUCGUCUGCCGCCUCGGUCGCCUCUUCGGCUGCUGCCGCUGCUUUGGCUGCGGUCUCUCUAGGUUCUGCAUCGUCAGCAGCAGCGUCUUCCUCCGCAGCUAGCGUCGCAGCGUCGGCUUCCAGCGCCGCUUCCAUCGCUUCUGCAGCUGCCGUAGCAGCUGCACAGUCUGCUACCGCUGUUGUCAACUCGGCUACCUCUGCUGUUGGAGCCGCCGCCUCGUCUGCUGCCGCUGCGCUCUCGUCGGCCUCGUCAGUUGCCAACGCAGCCUCAUUGUCGGCUGUCGCAGCUGCUUCGUCUGCUUCCGUUGCUGCUGUCUCUGCCAGCUCUUACGCUGCCUCUGUUGCAUCGGUCGCCUCAGCAUCUGCUUCUGGAGCCUUGGCAUCCGCAUCAGCUGCCGCUUCCAACGCCGCUGCUUCUGCUUCUGCUGCCGCUUCGCAGGCUUCUGCUUCGGCCGCUGGUGUCGUCGCCUCUGCCACAUCGGCUGCUGGAGUCGCUUCCGCUGCUGCCAACGCCGCUUCGAUCUCUGCCGCCUCCGUCGCCUCUUCGGCUUCCGCUGCUGCUCAGGCCGCCGUCUCUCUGGGCUCUGCUUCUUCCGCUGCCGCCGCUUCGUCUGCUUCCAGCGUCGCAUCCUUGGCUUCCAGCGCAGCAUCUGUAGCUUCUGCAUCUGCUGCUGCUGUCGCCCAGUCUGCCACUGCUGCUAUCAACGCUGCAUCUGCAUCGGCUGAGGCUGCCCGGUCUUCGGCUGCCUCUGUGGCAAGCGUGGCACUGGCAUCUGCCAGCUCGUACGCAGCUUCGGUAGCUGCCGCCGCUUCCACUUCCGCCGUGGGCGCUCUCGCUUCUGCUUCCAGCGUCGCCGCAGUCGCUGCUGCCUCUGCUGCCUCUGCCGCCUCUGCUGCUUCCACCUCAGCUGCUGGAGUGGUGGCUUCUGCCACCUCGGCCGCUGGUGCAGCUUCCGUCGCUGCUGCCAACGCUCAGGCCUCUGCUGCCUCGGUCGCUAGCUCAGCUUCUGCUGCCGCUCUGGCUGCAGUCUCUCUUGGUUCUGCCUCUUCGGCUGCUGCCUCGAGCUCUGCUGCCAGUGUCGCUGCUUCUGCUUCGAGCGCUGCUUCCGUUGCUUCGGCUGCCGCCGUUGCAGCCGCACAGUCUGCCACUGCCGCCGUCAACUCGGCCACAUCUGCUGCUGGUGCUGCUGCCUCCUCUGCUGCUGCCGCACUGUCUUCGGCCGCAUCGGUUGCUAGCGUCGCAUCGGCUUCUGCCAGCUCGUACGCUGCAUCCGCAAGCUCAUUCGCGGCCUCUGCUAGCUCGGCUGCCGCCUCAGUUGCAUCUGCCGCCUCCUCCUCUGCUAGUGGAGCGCUCGCUUCGGCCUCGUCUGCUGCUUCGGCCGCUGCCGCUUCCGCUUCUGCUGCCGCCUCUGCUGCUGCUCAAUCGGCCUCGUCUGCUGCCUCUGCUGCAUCGACCUCUGCCGCCGGCGUCGUCGCGUCUGCUACCUCUGCUGCAGGAGCUGCUUCAGCUUCGGCUGUCGCUGCUCAGGCCUCGGCCUCCUCAGUCGCUAGCUCGGCCUCCGCCGCUGCUCAGGCCGCCGUCUCUCUGGGCUCGGCCUCUUCUGCCGCCGCUUCCUCGUCGGCUGCCAGCGUCGCUGCUUCGGCCUCCAGCGCUGCCUCGGUCGCUUCUGUCGCCGCCCAGGCUGCUGCUCAGUCUGCCACUGCAGCUGUCAACUCUGCCACAUCGGCAGCCGCCGCUGCCGCCUCCUCGGCCUCUGCUUCGAUUGCUGCUGCUCAGUCGUCUGCUUCAUCGGUCGCCAGUGUCGCCUCUGCCUCUGCUAGCUCAUACGCUGCUUCAGUAGCUGCUGCUGCCUCGACCUCUGCGGCUGGUGCUCUGGCUUCUGCCUCGUCUGCUGCAUCUGUUGCUGCUGCAUCUGCUUCUGCUGCCGUAUCUGCUGCAGCUUCGUCGGCUUCUUCCGCCGCUGCUGCUGCCUCAACUUCAGCUGCGGGUGUUGUCGCCUCUGCUACCGCUGCUGCUGGAGCCGCAUCAGCUUCGGCAGUCGCUGCUCAGGCCUCUGCCUCGUCGGUCGCUAGCUCAGCUUCCGCCGCUGCCCAGGCUGCAGUCUCCCUUGGAUCCGCCUCGUCAGCAGCAGCCUCUUCGUCUGCCGCUAGCGUCGCAUCAUCCGCCUCCAGCGCUGCCUCUGUCGCCUCAGCUGCCGCCGUUGCUGCCGCCGCAUCCGCAACCUCUGCUGUCAACUCGGCCACGUCCGCUGCUGGAGCAGCUGCCUCAUCUGCUGCUUCUGUUAAAUCGUCGGCCAGCUCUGCAGCUAGCGCCGCCGCAGUCUCUGCCAGCUCCUACGCUGCCUCUGUCGCUUCUGCUGCCUCGACAUCCGCAAGUGGAGCUCUGGCAUCGGCCUCCGCCGCUGCCUCUAUCGCUGCUGCUUCGGCUGCGGCCGCUGCCUCUGCUGCCUCAACCUCUGCGAGUGCAGCCCUCGCCUCGGCAUCUUCUGCUGCUUCCGUCGCCUCCGUGUCUGCUGCCUCUGCUGCUGCUGCGGCCUCGACCUCAGCCGCUGGUGUCGUCGCCUCGGCUACAUCCGCCGCUGGUGUUGCCUCUAUCUCGGCUGCUGCCGCUCAAGUCUCUGCUGCCUCAGUCGCGGCUUCGGCUUCUUUGGCCGCUCAGGCUGCGGUCUCUCUCGGGUCCGCCUCGUCUGCUGCUGCCGCAUCAUCAGCCUCGAGUGUUGCUUCGUCGGCCUCCAGUGCUGCGUCGGUCGCCUCAGCCGCUGCCGUUGCUGCCGCCGCAUCCGCAACCGCUGCUGUCAACUCGGCUACGUCCGCCGCUGGAGCAGCUGCAUCUUCCGCCGCGUCUGCCCAAUCUUCUGCAGCCUCGGCUGUUAGCGCAGCCUCGGUGUCUGCCAACUCCUACGCCUCCUCUGUGGCUUCUGCUGCCUCUGCCUCGGCUAGUGCUUACGCUGCCUCGGUGGUUUCUGCAGCGUCGACCUCGGCAGUCGGUGCGCUCGCCUCCGCCUCUUCUGCUGCCUCGGUCGCUGCUGCUUCGGCUGCAUCUGCUGCCUCCGCCGCAUCGACUUCUGCCGCUGGUGUAGUCGCGUCUGCUACCUCCGCUGCUGGUGCUGCUUCUGCGUCGGCCGUCGCUGCUCAGGCCUCGGCUUCGUCUGUAGCUAGCUCAGCCUCCGUUGCAGCACAGGCUGCCGUGUCCCUUGGCUCGGUCUCGUCUGCCGCCGCUGCAUCUUCCGCCUCAAGUGUUGCAUCGUCGGCCUCUAGUGCUGCCUCAGUCGCUUCGGCUGCUGCUGUUGCUGCUGCUGCCUCUGCUACUGCUGCCGUCAACUCUGCCACCUCCGCUGCUGGAGUUGCCGCGUCUUCGGCCGCUGCUGCUCAGUCAUCGGCUGCGUCAGUCGCUAGUGCCGCUUCUGCGUCCGCCAGCUCCUACGCCGCAUCUGUAGUCUCUGCCGCUUCGACAUCAGCCAGCGGUGCGCUCGCCUCGGCAUCUGCUGCUGCCUCCGUCGCUGCUGCAUCUGCUGCUUCCGCGGCCUCAGCCGCUUCGACCUCGGCUGCUGGAGUAGUUGCCUCUGCUACCUCCGCUGCUGGCGCAGCUUCUGCUUCUGCGGUUGCUGCCCAGGCCUCUGCCUCGUCAGUGGCUUCGUCUGCUUCCGCUGCAGCUCAAGCCGCCGUCUCCCUGGGAUCUGCUUCCUCAGCCGCCGCCUCGUCAUCGGCUGCUAGCGUUGCUUCGUCGGCUUCCAGCGCUGCCUCGGUUGCCUCUGCCGCUGCUGUCGCUGCUGCCCAGUCCGCCACGGCUGCUGUCAACUCUGCCACCUCGGCUGCUGGGGCUGCCGCAUCUUCGGCUGCUGCUGCGCUGUCGUCGGCUAGCUCCGUCGCUAGCGCUGCUUCGACAUCAGCUGUCGGUGCUCUUGCCUCGGCGUCCUCUGCCGCAUCCGUUGCAGCUGCUUCGGCUUCUUCUGCCGCUCUUGCCGCCUCAACUUCAGCCGCCGGCGUGGUUGCUUCUGCGACGUCCGCUGCAGGCCAAGCCUCCAUCUCUGCUGCCAAUGCCCAGGCCUCGGCUUCCUCGGUCGCAUCCUCCGCCUCUGCCGCUGCUCAGGCAGCCGUUUCGCUUGGCUCCGCCUCAUCAGCUGCAGCAUCGUCGUCUGCGGCCAGCGUCGCAUCUUCGGCUUCUAGUGCUGCAUCUGUUGCCUCGGCUGCUGCUCAAGCGGCUGCGGCUUCCGCCACCGCCGUCGUCAACUCUGCCACUUCGGCUGCAGGAGCAGCUGCAUCCUCGGCUGCUGCAGCUCAGUCAUCGGCUAGCUCUGUAGCAAGCGCAGCUUCCGUCUCCAUGGCGGGCGCUGCAUCAUCUGCCUCUGCUGCUUCUGUUUCUGCCAGCUCUGUGGCUGCUGCUGCCUCCACGUCUGCGGCCGGCGCUCUUGCCUCGGCGUCUCUUGCCGCUUCGGUUGCUGCUGCCUCAGCUGCCGCUGCUGUCUCUGCUGCCUCAAACUCGGCCGCUGGUGUCGUGGCUUCAGCCACCUCUGCUGUUGGAGUCGCUUCCGCUGCUGCGAAUGCGGCUUCGAUUUCCGCUGCCUCAGUGGCCUCUUCGGCCUCGUCAGCUGCUGCUGCUGCUGUGUCUCUUGGCUCUGCCUCAUCGGUCGCAGCUGCCUCUUCGGCCUCCAGCGUUGCCUCAUCAGCCUCCAGCGCAGCUUCAGUGGCUUCUGCAUCCGCCGCUGCAGUGGCACAGUCCGCUACCGCUGCCAUCGCCUCUGCCACGUCGGCAGUCGGCGCUGCCUCGGUUUCCGCCGACUCUGCUCGAGCGUCAGCAGCAUCAGUCGCUAGCGAAGCCUCGGUUUCUGCUAGCUCGUAUGCUGCCUCGGUCGCUUCUGCUGCUUCUACAUCCGCUGUUGGUGCGCUCGCCUCGGCCUCUGCUGCAGCCUCUGUAGCUGCAUCGUCUGCUGCCUCGGCUGCCUCGGCUGCCUCUGCUUCGGCUGCUGGCGUUGUGGCAUCCGCCACCUCGGCCGUUGGUGUCGCCGCUGCCGCUGCCAAUGCAGCGUCCAUCUCAGCUGCCUCUGUGGCUUCGUCUGCAUCGUCUGCUGCUCAGGCUGCAGUUUCCCUCGGAUCUGCCUCUUCCGCGGCCGCCGCUUCCUCGGCUUCCAGCGUUGCAUCUUCAGCCUCGAGCGCCGCAUCUGUUGCAUCCGCUUCUGCGGCAGCUGUUGCCGUAUCUGCCACUGCCGCUAUCAAUGCUGCGACAUCCGCAGUCGGCGCCGCUUCCGCUUCGGCAGUCGCUGCCCAGUCUUCUGCAGCAUCGGUCGCCAGCGCUGCCUCUACGUCCGCCGCUGGCGCUCUGGCUUCAGCUUCUGCUGCCGCUUCAUCGGCCGCUUCUGCUGCUUCCGCCGCGUCGACGUCGGCCGCUGGCGUCGUAGCAUCUGCUACUUCCGCCGCUGGCGUCGCCUCCGCUUCCGCUGUCGCUGCUGCCGCUUCUGCUUCCUCGGUAGCCUCGUCCGCCUCAGUCGCAGCUCAGGCUGCGGUGUCGCUUGGAUCCGCCUCCUCUGCAGCCGCUUCUUCAUCCGCUGCUAGUGUUGCAUCCUCGGCGUCCAGUGCAGCCUCCGUCGCUUCUGCCGCCGCUCUCGCUGCCGCCCAAUCUGCCACUGCUGCCGUCAACUCUGCUACCUCAGCUGCUGGGGCUGCCGCAUCGUCGGCUGCAAACGCCCAGUCGUCUGCAUCUGCCAUCAUCAGUGCUGCCUCGGUGUCUGCUCUGGGUGCUCAGUCUUCGGCCUCUGCGGCCUCUGCGUCCGCCAGCUCCUACGCUGCCUCUGUCGCUGCUGAUGCCUCCAGCUCUGCUGCCGGCGCUCUGGCUUCAGCAUCUGCUGCUGCUUCUGUCGCUGCUGCUUCCGCUGCUUCUGCUGCCUCCGUUGCCGCUGUUUCGGCAUCGUCUCUUGCUGCUUCGGUAUCAGCGUCUGCUGCUAGCGUUGCCUCUGCGGCUUCUGCGGCAGCGGCCUCCGCCUCAGCUGCAGCCGUUUCAGCAUCCAAUUCGGCUGCCAACGUCGUCGCCUCUGCAACCUCCGCCGCUGGUGUCGCCUCUGCAGCUGCUGUCGCAGCACAGGAAUCUGCUUCUUCCGUGGCCGCCUCUGCUUCGUCUGCGGCUCAGGCUGCAGUCUCACUCGGUUCCGCAUCUUCGGCAGCUGCCUCUUCUUCGGCUGCCAGCGUCGCUUCAUCCGCUUCUAGCGCCGCUUCGGUUGCAUCGGCAUCGGCUGCCGCUGCUGCACAGUCUGCCACUGCGGCUGUUGCAUCUGCUACCUCCGCUGCCGGCGUUGCCGCUGCUUCAGCUGCUGAUGCACAGGCUUCCGCAGCUUCGGUCGUCAGUGCAGCUUCGACCUCGGCCGCUGGAGCACUGUCCUCUGCAUCUGUUGCUGCCGCCGCUGCUGCCUCGUCCGCCGCCUCGGCUGCUUCUGUUGCUUCGACAUCUGCUGCAGGCGCUCUCUCAGCUGCCUCAGCAUCCGCCAUCGCUGCAUCGGCAUCUGCUAGCUCGUACGCUGCCUCUGUGGCUGCAAACGCUGCCACUUCAGCUUCGGGAGCCCUGUCGUCGGCCGCCUCUGUUGCUGCUGCCGCAUCCGCCUCCGCUAUGGCUGCCGCCGCUGCUGCAUCUCAGUCUGCGUCUCAGGCUGCUGCUUCGGCCUCUGCAUCGGCCGCGUCUUACGCCUCGGUCGCCUCUGCCUCGGCAGCUGGUGUUGCCUCUGCGGCCUCAGUCGCGGCAUCUUCUGCUUCGGCGGCCGCUAUGGAGGCUUCGACUUCAGCAGCUGGCGUUGUGGCAUCCGCUACUUCAGCAGUCGGCGCCGCCUCGGUGUCUGCUGCUGUUGCCAUCGCAUCCGCUGCGUCAGUGGCCUCUUCAGCUUCGUCCGCUGCCGCCGCCGCCGUGUCUCUGGGAUCAGCCUCUUCCGCAGCAGCUUCUGCCUCGGCGGCCAGUGUUAUUGCUUCCGCGUCGAGUGUGGCCUCUGCCGCCUCCGCCUCUGCUGCUGCCGUCGGCCAGUCCGCUACCGCUGCCAUCGCCUCUGCUACAUCUGCUGUCGGUGUUGCUUCUGACUCUGCCGUUGCUGCUCAGUCGUCUGCCGCCUCGGUGGCCAGCUCUGCCUCCACCUUUGCUGUUGGUGCACAGUCCUCGGCAUCCGCAGCUGCGGCUUCAGCUGCCUCUUCCGCUGCCUCCUACGCCGCCUCAGUGGCCUCGGCUGCCUCCACAUCCGCCGCAGGCGCUGUAUCGGCCGCGUCCGUUGCUGCUGCCUCUGCCUCGCUCUCUGCCCAGGCUUAUGCUUCGUCGGUCGCUGCCGACGCUGCCACAUCUGCUGCAGGUGCUCAGGCAUCCGCCUCAGCCGCUGCUUCGGUCGCGUCCGCUUCUGCAGUCUCGUAUGCCGCCGUCGUGUCGCAGUCAGCAGCUAGCGUCGCAUCGGUCGCUUCUCAGGCCGCUUCCAUUGCUUCAGCAGCAGCUUCCGAAGCAUCGACCUCUGCUGCUGGUGUUGUAGCUUCUGCCACGGCUGCUGCUGCCGCCGCCUCGCAGUCCGCCGCCGCUGCGCAGUCUUCAGCUUCCUCCGUCGCAUCGUCGGCCUCUGUUGCGGCUGCUGCCGCCGUCUCCCUUGGGUCGGCCUCCUCAGCCGCUGCCGCUUCCUCAGCUUCCAGCGUAGCCGCUUCAGCCUCAAGCGCAGCUUCCAUUGCAUCGGCCUCUGCUGCUUCGGUCGCUCAGUCAGCUGCAACUGCCGUCGCCUCUGCUACAUCUGCGGUUGGAGCUGCUGCUUCGUCCGCUGCUGCCGCGCAGGCAUCCGCCUCGUCGAUUGCUGAGGCCGCUUCGACUUCAGCUGCCGGCGCACAGGCAUCAGCAGCUUCUGCAGCCGCGUCUGCCGCCUCGUAUGCUUCCUCCAUUGCUGCCGCAGCUGCUACAUCAGCUUCUGGAGCCGUUUCAGCCGCCUCUGCCUCUGCUGCAGCUGCCUCUGCAUCUGCCGCUGCUGCUCAAUCUGCCGCCUCGGUAUCUGCUGCUUCGGCUUCUGCCUCUGCCGCCGCAGCCCAGUCGGCUGCUUCGGUAUCUGCCGCUUUCGCCUCGUCUUCUGCAGCAGCAUACGCCAACUCUGUGGCCCUAGAUGCUUCUACAUCAGCGGCCGGCGCUUUGGCUUCGGCCUCUGCUGCUGCUUCCGCUGCCUCUGCCUCUGCUGCUGCUGCCGCUGCCUCCGUCUCACAAUCUGCACUUGCCUAUGCCUCCGAGGUCUCUUCUUCUGCCGCUGGCGUAGCCUCAUCUGCUUCUGCAGCUGCCUCGUCCGCCUCAGCAGCUGCUCUGGAAGCUUCCGCCUCGGCAGCUAGUGUUGUUGCCUCUGCCACGUCGGCAGCCGGUGUAGCUUCUGCGGCCGCGGAUGCAGCAUCGGCCUCAGCCGUAUCGGUGGCUGCGUCUGCAUCCUCUGCUGCUGCUGCUGCAGUCUCCCUAGGCUCUGCGUCGUCAGCUGCUGCGUCUUCGUCCGCUGCCAGUGUCGCAGCCUCUGCCUCAAGCGCAGCUUCCGUAGCGUCUGCAUCUGCUGCUGCCGCUGCUCAGUCUGCCACGGCAGCCGUUGCUUCAGCGACUUCAGUGGCCGGAGCUGCUUCUGCUUCUGCUUCUGCUGCCCAGUCCUCGGCUGCUUCGGUCGUCAGCGCCGCCUCGACUUCGGCCGCGGGUGCCUUGUCCUCAGCUUCAUCAGCCGCUGCGGUCGCCGCCUCAUCUGCUGCUUCGUACGCCUCGUCGGUCGCUGCCGACGCUUCGUCUUCAGCAGCAGCUGCCAUUUCUUCUGCCUCUGCUUCUGCCGCUUCUGCCUCGGCAUCGGCUGUCGCUUACGCAAACUCCGUCGCCCUGGGCGCUUCUACGUCUGCUGCUGGAGCUCUCGCCUCAGCUUCCGCUGCAGUGUCUGUCGCUUCUGCUUCCGCUUCUGCCGCCGCCUCGGCCGCUUCAGCUUCGGCUCUCUCGUACGCAUCGGUCGCAUCUGCAUCAGCUGCGGGUGUAGCAUCUUCAGCCUCAGUCGCAGCUUCUUCGGCCUCUGCAGCUGCCGAACAGGCUUCCGUCUCGGCAGGCGAGGUGGUCGCUUCUGCCACCUCCGCUGCGGGUGUAGCCUCUGCUGCCGCUUCUGCCGCCUCCGUCUCUGCUGCCUCGGUUGCUGCCUCCGCAUCCUCCGCUGCUCAAGCCGCAGUCUCUCUCGGAUCAGCUUCUUCCGCUGCUGCAUCAUCGUCCGCCGCAAGCGCAGCAGCAUCCGCAGCCAGCGUCGCUUCAGAAGCAUCUGUCUCUGCUGCAUCCGUCGCAGCAUCCGCUGCUACCGCCGUCGCUGCUGCCACAUCAGCUGUUGGAGCUGCCGCAUCCUCAGCUGCUGCUGCACAGAGCUCGGCGUCUUCUGCUGUCAGCGAAGCUUCGGUGUCCGCCGUCAGCGUACAAUCGUCCGCAUCUGCAGCUGCCGCCUCAUACGCAGCAUCGGUAGCAUCAGCAGCGUCGACUUCUGCCGCCGGUGCCCUGUCAUCUGCCUCGGCCGCUGCAGCUGCUGCCUCGACCUCGGCUGUAGGUGCCCUGGCCUCAGCGUCUGCUGCAGCCGCUGCUGCCUCUGCCUCGGCUGUAUCCUACGCUGCUGCCGCUUCAUCCUCAGCGGCCGACGCAGCAUCGUCAGCAUCCGCUGCUGCCGUUGCAGCUUCCACAUCCGCUGCCGGAAUCGUAGCCUCCGCUACUUCCGCUGCUGGCGCUGCUUCUGCUGCUGCCUCUGCUGCCUCCGUCUCUGCCGCCUCGGUCGCUGCUUCCGCCUCCUCCGCCGCUCAAGCUGCGGUCUCUCUUGGAUCAGCUUCUUCAGCAGCAGCUGCCUCGUCCGCAUCCAGCGUCGCAGCCUCGGCCUCAAGCGCUGCCUCAAUCGCGUCCGCUUCAGCUGCCUCCGUUGCUCAGUCAGCUGCCACUGCUGUUGCUGCAGCUACGUCGGCCGUCGGCGCGGCUGCAUCGCUUGCAGACGCUGCUCAAUCUUCGGCUGCAUCUGUAGCAAGUGCUGCUUCCACCUCGGUAGCUGGCGUCCUGGCAUCGGCAUCGGCUGCUGCUGAGGGCGCCGCGACAUCGGCAGCUGGCGCGCUCGCGUCCGCCUCCGCUGCCGCCUCCGCUGCCUCCGUUUCUGCACAGUCGUAUGCUUCGGUCGUCUCGUCGUCAGCUGCAGGCGUUGCAGCAUCGGCCUCUGCUGAGGCGGCCUCGGCUUCUGCCGCCGCUGCCGCCGCCUCGAGCUCGGCAGCUGGGGUCGUAGCCUCCGCCACCUCUGCGGCUGGAGUUGCUUCGGCUGCUGCUGCUGCUGCAUCCGUCUCAGCGGCAUCGGUAGCUGCCUCUGCUGCCUCUGCUGCGUCCGAAGCUGUCUCUCUCGGCUCUGCAUCGUCUGCAGCAGCCUCUGCUUCUGCUGCCAGUGUCGCAGCCUCAGCCUCCAGCGCUGCAUCCGUUGCUUCGGCUUCUGCGGCCUCCGUCGCUGAAUCUGCGGCUACAGCCGUUGCUGCCGCCACUUCCGCAGUUGGUGCUGCUGCCUCGUCGGCCGCAGAUGCUCAGGCUUCUGCUGCCUCUGUUGCCAACGCUGCAUCGACCUCGGCUGCUGGAGCCCUAUCGUCUGCUUCUGCAGUUGCCGCAUCCGCCGCAGCCAAUGCUGCCUCGGUCGCCCUCGUCGCCUCGACUUCAGCUGCCGGCGCAAUGUCGGCGGCUUCGGCUUCUGCUGCUUUGUACGCAUCCUCGGUUGCCGCCGCCGCUGCCACGUCUGCUGCUGGCGCACUUGCCUCUGCCUCUGCCGCCGCCGCCGCCGCUUCCCAGUCUGCGGUGGAUGCUGCUGCUGCCGCUUCUGUCUCCGCCGCUUCUCAAGCCUCCGUUGCUUCGGUCUCUGCCGCAGCUGCGGUGUCUUCUGCUUCUGUGGCCGCUUCUGCUGCCUCGGACGCCGCGGCACAGGCUUCCACCUCUGCUGCUGGCGUGGUCGCAUCCGCUACCUCUGCAGUCGCAUCUGCCUCUGCAGCCGCAGACUCUGCCCUUUCCUCUGCUGCUUCGGUUUCCUCCUCCGCUGCUUCAGCCGCACUCGCUGCAGUUUCCUUGGGAUCUGCCUCUUCAGCUGCUGCCUCUUCUUCAGCAGCGAGCGUUGCAGCUUCUGCAGCCAGCGCUGCCUCGCAAGCAUCUGCCUCUGCUGCUGCGGUCGCUCAGUCGGCCGCAACAGCCGUCGCUGCUGCCACCUCAGCCGUCGCAGCUGCUGCAUCUUCUGCUGCUGCUGCCCAGACUUCUGCUGCCUCUGUCGCUGAUGCCGCCUCGACCUCGGCUGCUGCAGCCCUGUCCUCCGCUUCCGUCGUCGCCGCUGCCGCUGCCUCAAGUGCUGCAUCGGUCGCCUCUGCUGCGUCAACAUCGGCAGCUGGAGCCCAAUCGAUUGCUUCCGAGGCUGCCGCUGCCGCUUCCGCCUCUGCAUUGUCGUAUGCCUUGUCGGUUGCUGCAGGUGCUUCAACAUCUGCUGCUGGCGCGCUCGCCUCUGCUUCAGCUGCUGCCUCUGCUGCUUCUGCCUCUGCAACCUCUUACGCCGCCAUGGUCUCUUCUUCAGCCGCUCAAGCUGCUGCUGAUGCCUCAAGCAUUGCUGCGGAAGCUUCGACCUCUGCCGCUGCUGUUGUGGCCUCUGCCACAUCGGCCGCUGGCUCAGCCUCGCAGUACGCAGCUUCUGCUUCGGCUUCUGCUGCUUCAGUCGCUGCUUCGGCCGCCUCAGCUGCCUCCGACGCUGUCUCGCUUGGAUCUUCAGCCGCUGCUGCCGCUUCGUCUUCUGCUGCUUCAGUCGCCGCUUCUGCGUCCGGUGCCGCUGCUGCUGCGUCUGCCUACGCUGCCUCGAUCGCGCUCUCAGCCAGCGAUGCUGUUGCCAACGCCACCGCCGUCGCCGGUGCCGCUGCUUCUUCAGCAGCCUCCGUGGCCUCCGUGGCCUCAUCUGAGGCUGCAGCCGCCAUCGCCUCUGGAGCUUCAGUCGCUAGCGCUGCCAGCGAAUCAGGUGCUUCCAUGGCCUCCGUGGUAUCCGCUUCCGUCGCCUCGUAUGCUGCUGCCGCUGCCUCCUCUGCUGGCGGAAUCGCCUCGCAAGCUUCGGUUUCUGCAGCCGCUGCCAUCACCUCAGCACAGGCUGCGGCCGCCUCGGCCUCGCUGUCUGCAGCUGCCGCUACAGCUUCCGCUGGCGAUGUCGCUUCAUCUGCAUCGGUCGCUGCAGCUUCUGCGGUGGCUUCGCAAUCCUCUAUCGCAUACGCUGCCUCGACUUCGGCUGCCGCCGUCGCAAGCGCUGCCUCUAUCUACGCAGCAGCUGCAUCAGCUUCAGCCGAGUCAGUGGCUUCUUCGGCUGCCGCUGCCGCCUCCGAUGCCAUCUCUCUGGGCACCGCAGCGGCCGCGAGCGCUUCGAGCUCGGCAGCUUCCGCUAUCGCCUCGGCCUCGUCUGCCGCUGCUCUUGCCGCUUCAGCUGCUUCCUCGGAGGCACUGGAAGCUUCCACUUCAGCUGCUGGUGUCAUCGCUUCUGCUACGGCAGCUGCCGCCGCUGCCGCUGCUUCGGCAUCUAGCGCAUCCGUUUCGGCUGCUUCUGCUGCCUCUGCUGCUGGUGUCUCAGCAGCUGCAGUCGCUGCAUCGGUAUCCUCUCAAGCUGCUGCUGACGUCGCUUCCGGUGCCUCGGUUGCCUCGGCUGCUCAAGCUUCUGCCUCCAGUGCAGCUUCGGUAGCCUCUCUGGCAGCUCAAUCGGCUGGGUCUUCUGCCUCUGCUUACGCCUCCGCCGCUGCGGCAUCUGCUGCUUCUUACGCCUCCGUUGCAGCGACCUCCGCUCAAGGUGCUGCCUCCUCUGCUUCGGCUUACGCAUCCUCGGUCUCUGCUGCUGCCUCUGCUGCUGCUGACGCCGCCAUCGCUUCUCAGUCUGCGGUCGCUGCUUCAGCUGAGAGCUCUGCUGCCUCGGUCGCCUCAUCCCUUGCCGAUUAUGCCGCUUCGGUCAGCGCUUCGGCAGCUUCAGCUGCAGCUUCGGCCUCAUCUGCUGCCGAUGCUGCCGUAUCUCUGGGCUCCUCUGCUGCUGCUGCUGCUUCUACGUCUGCCGCUGCAGUGCAAGCUUCGGCUUCUGCUGCUGCGGCUUCGGCCUCCUCGUACGCAUCUUCUGCGGCCGCAGCAGCUUCCUCGUCUGCAGCUGAUGCAGCAUCAGCAGCAGCAGCGGUAGCCUCAUCGGUCUCUGAGUCCGCGGCUUCUGCUGCUGCCUCAGCUUCCCUGUAUGCAGCAUCUGCAAUUGCUUCUGGAGAGUCCAUUGCCGCCCAGGCACAAGCCUCAGCAGAUGCCGCUGUUGCCUCUGGAGCAGCUGUUGGCUCGGCCGCAUCUGCUUCUGCAGCCGCUGCCGUCGCUUCGCAGAACUCGGUCAUCUCAUCUGCCUCUGCUGUUGCCUCUGCGGCCACUGCUGCUGCUGCUUCCGUAGCUAUGGCGGCUUCUACAUCCGCUGCUGGCGUUGCUUCUGCCGCUGCCGCCUCGGCGUCUUCGGCCAUCGCCGAGCAGUCCUCGCUCGCUUCGGUGGCAUCUGUGUCUGCGCUGGCUGCUGCUAACAGUGCUUCGCUGUCUGCGGCGGCAGUGUCAUCUUCUGCCUCUCUGGCUGCUGCAUCAGCUGCAUCCGAAGCGUCAGCUGCUGUCUCUCUUGGGUCCUCUGCUGCCUCGGUCGCAUCGAUAUCGGCCGCUUCGGUCGCCUCCUCGGCUGCAGCUGUCGCAUCGGCUGCAAUUGACCAGGCUUCCGCCGUCGCUGCUUCUGCUUCAUCCUCGGCCAAUGCCGCUUCCACCUCGGCCGCCGCUGCCAUCGCAUCGGCUUCUGCCUCCGCAGCAGCUGCCUCUUCCUCGGCUGCCGCCCAGGCUUCUGCCAUGUCUGCCUCUGCCGCCUCUGUGGCCUCGAUCGCUUCUGCUUCGGCAGACGCUGCCGUGGCCAACGCCGCCUCGCUGGUACUCGAUGCCUCUACAUCUGCCAGCGCUGCCGUUGCCUCUGCUGCAUCGUAUGCUGCAUCCGUUGCCGCCUCUGCUCAGUCGGCAGCUGCCUCUGAAGCUGCGGUAGCAUCAGCCGCCGCCACUUCAGCUUCGGCUGUCGUUGCAUCCGCCUCAGACUACGCUGCUUCUGCUGCUUCCUCGGCAGCUUCAGUAGCCUCGUCUGCCGCUGCUGCUGCUAGCGCCGCCACAGUGUCGGGUGCCUCUGCUGCCUCUGUUGCUUCCGUCUCUGCAGCCAGUGUGGCUAGCUCCGCCUCUGAGGCCGCUGCCUCAGCCUCGGCGCAAGCUGCCGCUGCAGCUGCUUCAGCCCAGUCUGCUGCUUCUGUCGCGUCCGAGUCCGCUGUGGCUGCCCUGGAGUCGGCUUCGCAAGCCGUCGAGAGUGCUACUGCAUCUGCCGCUUCUGUUGCAGCCUCCGCAUCAUCGUACGCUGCCGCCGCCGCCGCAUCGGGAGCAUCGGUCGCCUCCGCCGCCUCGACUUCAGCAGACGCCUAUACGGCCGCUGUCGCUGCCUCGGCUUCCUCCUAUGCCGCAGCUGCAGCCUCGUCAGCAUCCGCCGUGGCCUCCUCGGCUUCUCAACAGGCUCUCGAGGCCUCCAACUCUGCUGAUGCCGUCUCUGUAUCUGCUGCCAGCGUGGCCUCCGCAGCUCUCGCUUCUCAGGCCUCCGUUGUCAACGCUGCCUCGACAUCAGCCGCAGCUGUCGUUGCCUCUGCGGCAGACUACGCCUCCUCGGCUGCCGCUUCUGCCACCUCUGCAGCUGCCUCGGCCGCUGCAGCAGCCUCUGCCGCCGUCGCUGCUGACGCUGCAGUUGCAUCCGCUGCCUCGAUCUCCGCUGCCUCUGUGGCAUCCUCCGCCUCUGUUGCAGCAAGCUCAGCCUCUGCAUAUGCUGCUUCGGUUGCUGACGCUGCUUCGGCCUCGGCUGCAGCCGCCAUUUCGUCUGCUUCCGAAUCAGCUGCCUCAGCCACCAGCGCUGCCGGCGCUGCUCAAGCUUCCGCCUCUGCCGAGGCCGCUGCUGCUCAAGCCUCAGCUUCUUCCCAGGCUGCUGUUGCUUCCUCCUCGGCUGCAGCCGCAGCUUCUUCUGCCGCUUCUGCCCUCAGCGUAGCCAUCGAGUCUGAUGCUGUGGUACAGUCCUCCGCUGCUAGCGCUGCCUCGGCUGCUACAGCUGCUGCUGCUUCCAUCGUUCUCGCCGCGUCGACAUCUGCCCAAGCGGCCGUGGCGUCCGCUGCCGCUGUCGCCUCCCAAGCCGCUGCAUCAGCCUCGGAUGUGGCAGCAUCAGCUUCUCAGGCUGCUCAGGCCGCUGUCGCCUCCCAGGCUGCGGUAGCUUCGUCAGCCGCGGAUUAUGCGUCCUCCCUUGUUGCUGCGGCUUCCUCGAGCGCUUCCCUGGCCGCUCAGGCUGCAUCUGCCGCCGUAUCCUCAGACUCGGCCGUGGCGGCCUCUGCCUCCACUGCCGCUGCCGCCGCUGCCGCUUCUGCUUCCUCGGUCGCCGUAUCUGCCUCUCAGUACGCAGCUUCGGUCGCCAACGCUGCCUCUGCAUCCGCCUCUGACGCCUUGGCUUCGGCUGCUUCCGUCGGUUCUGACGCUUCCAGCUCUGCUGCCGCUGCGGCCUCCUCUGCGUCUGCCCUCGUUGCCUCCGCUUCCGCGAGUGCCGCAUCGGCCGCCUCCGAGGCAGUGGCAUCGGCCUCUUCGGUUGCUGCUGCCGCUGUUGAUGCUGCUUCAGCUUCUGCCGCUGCCGCUGCCGCUUCUGGCGCUUCGCUGGCGUCCGUUGCCUCCACCUCUGCUGCCGGCUACACUGCUGCUGCUGCUUCCUCCGCCUCCGCCUAUGCUGCUCAGGUGUCUGCUUCGGCUGCCGCCGCUGCCAGCUCUGCUGCUGCAUCGCUGUCUGACGUGCUGGACUCACAGUCGUCUGUAGCUGCUGCCGCACUCACUUCGGCCGCUGGAGUCGCUUCUUCUGCAUCUGACUAUGCUCAGUCAGUGGCUGCUUCUGCUUCCUCGGUAGCAGCUGUAGCUGCUGCCGCGGCGUCGGCUGCUCAGGCGUCGGGCACUGCCGCUGCAUCUGCUGCUUCAGUCUCGGCUGCUUCAGUACAGUCUGAGGCUUCUCAGGCUGCUGCUUCUGCAUCACUGUACGCGCAAUCAGCCUCAGCUUCCGCAUCCUCCGCCGCUGCCUCAGCGUCUGCUGCCGCCGAUGCGGCUGUCUCCGCAGCCUCAGUUGAGGCUUCGGCCGUCUCUGUAUCCGCAGCUUCUCAAGCCUCUGCUGCCGCUGCCUCUGCAGCUUCCGUUGUCAAUGCCGUCUCGACGUCACUGGACGCUCAGACCGCCGCCGCUGUAUCGUCCGCUUCGGCCUUUGCCGCUUCGGCUGCCUCUUCAGCUGCUGCCGCCGCCUCGUCAGCUUCCGCCGCAGUUUCUGCCGCUCUUGCUUCCCAGGACAGCGCCAGCUUGUCUGCUGCUGCAUAUGCUGCCUCAGUCGCUGCUUCGGCAUCUUCAGUUGCUGCAGCCGCGUCUGCAUCCGCUGCCGGUGCUGUGUCUCUUGGAGCAGCUGCUGCUGCUGCUGCUUCCUCUUCUGCAGCGCAAGUGGCUGCCUCUGCCUCUUCUGCUGCUGCUUCUGCCUCUGGCUACGCAAGCUCGGUCAUCGCAGAUGCCUCUGCCGAGGCCUCUGCCGCUACUGCUUCUGCCGGUUCCGUCUUGGCUGCUGCGUCAUCGGCUGCUUCCGACGCUUCUGCUUCGGUGGCCAGCUUGAUUGCUUCAGCCUCGUCCAACGCCGCAGCUGCCAUCGCUUCUGCCUCGUCUGUCACCGCGGCCGUCGCUGCUUCUGCUUCGGCCGUCGUCGCCUCCGCCUCGGUCGCAGCCGAGUCAGCCUCAGCUGUCGCCGACGCCGCCGCCUCAUCCGCUUCAGAUGCCGUAGCGCAGCAGUCGUCGAUUGCUCAAGCCGCUUCGAUCUCUGCUGCUGCUGCUGCAUCCUCUGCUUCUGAGUACGCACAGUCCGUGUCAGUAUCAGCUGCAUCCGUCGCCUCUGCGGCUCAGUCAGCGGCUUCUGCAGCUGUCAACUCCAACAGCAACAUCGCUUCCGCCGCCUCGACUUCCGCGGCUGCAGUUCUCGCGUCUGCCUCGGCUGCCGUUGCAUCCGCCACCGCCUAUGCGGCUUCGGUUGCGAAUGAUGCCAGCUCUUCAGCUUCCGCUGCUGUCGCUUCAGCUUCUGCUGCGGCCGCAUCUGCGUCCAUUUCGGCCGAGGCUGCAUCUGCUUCGGCUGUCUCUGUCGCUUCGGUCGCUUCUGCUCUCGCCGCUUCGGCUUCGGCUUCUGAUGCCUCGGUCGCCUCUGCGUACGAAUCUUCAGCAAGCGUCAUCACCGCCUCCGCUGCGGCCAAGGCUCUUGCUGCCUCCUCCUCUGCAGAUGCCGUCGCCGCUUCGGCUGAGUCUCGCGCUGCCGUCGCUUCCUCGGUUGCCGAACAGGCAGCUGCCUCUGCCUCGUCGGUAGCCGCUUCUGCUGCUUCCGUAGCGUCUGCCGCUAUCCAGUCUCACUCGUCAGUGGCAGCAGCGGCAGCAGCCUCUGUUGCCUCCAAUGCUCUUGCGGCCUCGACGUCUGCCGACGGUGCCAUUGCUGCAGCCUCCAGUUACGCUGCUGCUGCUGCUGUGUCUGCCUCCUCGGUCGCCGCUGUUGCUGCUUCCGCUGCUGCUGGAGCUGUCUCAUCCGAAGCUGCUGUCAUGGCUGCCUUGUCGUCGUCUGCAAACGUCGCCUCUAUCUCAGCUGCUUCCGCUGCUUCGGUCGCCUCUGCUUACGCAGAUGCCGUCUCGUACUCGGCUGCCAACGUUGCCCUUCUGGCGGCAUCCAGUGCUUCGGUUGCAUCGGUGUCAGCUGCGUCGGCCGCCUCGGUUGCCGCUGCUUCUGCCUCUUCCUCCGCCGCUGCACAGGUUGCCUCUGCGGCCGCCCAGGCAGCCGCUGCCUCUUCGUAUGCAGCUUACAUCGCUUCCUCGCUGUCAUCUUUGGUGGCAUCCGCCAACUCUGCCGCCUCCGCUGCUAUGGCUUCUGCCGCCUCAGUCCAAUCGGCCGCAGCAUCUCGAGCUGCUGCCGCGACUUCGAGCACAGCCACGACGGUAGACAGUACGUCGGUCGCUCCCUCUGCCUCGAACAGCGCCAGCACCGUCUCUGCCACCAACACUGCUACUUCCACGACCACUCCAUCCGUCGUCGCCAACACAGCGCCGCAAACAGCUGGUAUCAGUCUCGACUCCUCUUCGUCCAUUACUUCGACAUCGGCCAACUCUACCGCUCCAGGCUCAUCUUCGGCUACUGCUUCGUCAGGAUCAUCUGCCUCGGUGACUACCUCGGGAUCGUCUGCUACGGACGCUGCUUCGGGAUCGUCUGCCUCGGUCACGUCCUCAGGAACUUCUCCCUCGGCUGCUUCUUCGCAAUCGUCUUCCUCCAACAGCACUUCCGUUGUCGCAAACGGCGCUUCUUCCGUGGUUGCCAUUCCCGCUGACUCCACCUCGUCAAGCUCCUCGUCUUCCGCAAGCGCUACUGGAGCAUCGUCUACCUCGGUGGGCUCUUCGGGAUCGCCUGCUUCGGACACUGCCUCGGGAUCGUCUGCCUCGGCCACUUCCUUGACAUCAACAUCCACCAGCAGCGCUUCGGUGGGCAACAACGGCGGUUCUUCCGCCAUCGCCAGCUCUGCCGAUGUCUCCUUGUCGAGCGCAUCGUCUUCUACAAGCACUUCUCGACCGACAUCGUCGGCCUCGUCCAGCUCUUCUGAAUCCGAUCCCACGACGGCUACCUCGCAGUCCUCUGCCUCUUCGACCAGCUCCAAAUCUGCCAGCGCCACUGUCGUCGGCAACGGCCAGAACACGAAUGCCGCCGUUGCAACUGACACUCCAGCUUCAUCUUCGAGCUCCACCUCUGCUUCAUCCUCUGCCACUCAAGCUGCAACAACCGCUGCGGCCACGGGAUCCGGUUCCAGUGGCGACGAUGGCAGCAAAGCAGGCGAAAUUGCGGUCACCACGGCGACGCUGGACAAUGGCGAGAUUGUCACAGUCUACGCAUCUGCCGAUGCCACCACCACUACUUCCGCCAGCUCGAGCAGCAAGGAUCAGUCGUCUAGCACUACCGCGUCCGGCACAUCAUCGUCGUCUUCCACUGCCGCCACUGCAGACGCUUCUGGCUCUAGCUCUGGCUCUAGCACUGCAACCAGCUCUCGAACGGCAUCGACCACAGCAGACUCGUCUACGUCGGCUUCGUCCGGGACGAACACCGCGUCAAUCGUCGGCAACGGCCAGACCUCGAGCGUGGGCGUUGAGUCCGAUGGUUCCUCGACAUUGUCGUCCAGCUCAUCAGCAUCGUCCUCGUCGGCUGCUCCAUCGGGCACCACCACUGCAACAGUCGUCGGCAAUGGCCAGACCUCGAGCAUUGGUAUCGAUUCUGAUCCAACCGCGACGGCCUCAUCUGAUUCGACAUCCGCUGCCUCUUCAUCGACUGCUUCUUCGUCGGCCACAUCCUCCGGAUCAGUCAUCGGCAAUGGUCAGACCUCGAGCGUCGGUAUCGGUUCCGAUGCUUCUUCGACGGCCUCAUCCGAUUCUACAUCGGCUGCUUCGAGUGGAUCUACCUCAGCCACCGCCACCUCCACAGCUGGGUCCAGCACUGCCACUGGCUCCAUCGCUGGCAAUGCAGCGUCGUCUGGAGCGUCUAUUGGCCUCGGUGGCACAUCGACUUCGAAGGCUACGACCUCUAGUGUGGCAGCCACCAGCACUGUCAGUGAUGGUGGCGAUGGUGGUGAAGACGCCACUUCGACGACUACUGCAGCGACAUCAUCGUCUGCGGCGACGACAUCGAAGGAGCAGACCUCAACCACCUCUUCGAAGAUCACGGCUACGACGGCUUCCAAGACUGGCACCACUGCCGUCGCUGGUAACACUGGAGGCAACAUCGGCCUCAGCACCGGUGAGAGCAGCACAACCAAGGCCUCUUCUACUGAUGGCGCUUCUUCCACCGCGUCCACUGCUGCCAAGACUACUGCUGCCACGUCUGAGGCCACCUCGACCAAGGUUACAAAGACCUCGUCUACGACCAAGGUCAUUGCUGGCAACAAUGGUGGUUCCAUCGGUGCUUCCGACGCUAACCAGUCUUCCACCAAGAAGACUAGUGCCACCAAGGCGGGUUCAACCAAGGCAGCAUCGACUCAUGCUGCGUCGUCCCAUGCUGCGUCGUCCCAUGCUGCGUCGUCCCAUGCUGCAUCGUCCCAUGCUGGAUCCUCUAAGGCUGGAUCGACCAAGGCUGGAUCGACCAAGGCUGGAUCGACCAAGGCUUCCACCAAGGCUUCCACGUCGACCAAGGGAGUUGCUGCUAACAACGGUGGUGGCGGUUCCAUUCCUGCUGAUGAUGACACCACGACCAAGGCGUCCGCUCACAAGACCACUGCCGCCACCGAGUCUGGCAAGGUUUCCUCGAAGACCAAGACCUCGGGUGCUGGCAAGGGUGGUGUUGCCGCCUCAACGGAGAGUGACAAGACCAAGACCAAGACAUCGGCCGGAGAAUCGAGCCCCAAGUCCACCGACAAGGCUGCCCAGUCUUCCACCAAGAAGGCCUCGGCCACCGGAAGUGGCCAGAAGGGUGGAUCGAAUGCAAGCAAGCACAGCGGAUCUAGCUCAACUGGCGCCGCAGCUGGAUCUGAGACCUCGGCUGGCAACGCUGGAAGCGCAAGCUCGACUGGCUCUGCCACCACUCCCGCAAGCACUUCUUCGACUUCGUCUGCUAGCGACUGUCAAGUCACCUGGAUCGCCUACUACAGUGAAGAGGGCAAUCCCGAGGUCACACGCAAGAAUGGCCGCCAGCUCUACUACCCUCACGUCCCUGCUGGCUGCGCUCAGCUCACGGAGUCUACCAUUCCUGAUAGCUCGGUUUCAACUGAGCGUCUCUCCGGUUCGGACGACAGCAGCUCCGCUUCUGACAGCAGCUCCGAUGAUGACAGUAGCUCGGGUUCGACUGUAGCCUCCAACACUGGCAGCUCAGAGUCCACCACUGACGACUCUGACAGCGCCGCGUCUGGAGACGAGAACUCGAGCAACGAUGACAACACUGUCUACCAGGCUUCGACCACCAAUGCCGCCAAGGGUACUGCCGCUGGCGCACGUACCGUCACGGUGACUGAAUCUCGCACUGUCACCGUUGAUGCGGCUUCGUCAGCGCCCAGUACUUCUGCGACUACGGUGACCCUGGCGAAUGGUGCCACUGUCACCUUCUACGGCUCUUCUUCUUCGUCGUCUGCGCCUACCACUGCUAAACAACAGUCCAAGGCAGCGACGACGACGACGACGGUCGUAGCUAACGGCGCAGCCACCACGGUCACUGCUGGCGACGCCCUCAAUGGCGUCUCCAGUGGUUCUGCAUCUGGCGCUUCUGGACCCUUCACCCUGACGAGUACUCGCACCUUGGCCAAUGGAAAGACGGUGACGGUCUACGCCGGCAAUGGCACUAGCUCAACGGCCUCCAAGUUGAGCACUGCCAGGUCGACCAAGGCUACUGGCACUUCCAGUGUCAAGGCUUCCUCGGGCUUGACCACCACCACCAAGGUCGCUGCCAACGGAGCCACCUUGACGCUGACUUUGGGUCCGGACAGUAGCACCUCGACGACUGCCGCACAGACUUCGACUUCGGUCGUCGCCGAUGUUGGCUCUGGCGUCGGUCUGGGUGAUGGCCUCGACGGUUCCUCUAGCACUAGCACUAGCGAUUCUGCUGCUGAUGCGACUAGCACCGCCGAGCCUACUUCCACCACUGCGGCUGCUACCACUUCUGCCUCGGCUGUUCUCAUGAAUGGUCUAGGUGGUGCAGUGUCUGUACAGUGGAAGUGA